AUGAGGACGCUGUUCCAGAGGCGCAUGCACAUGGUGCUGGCCCUGUGCCUGCUGCUGGUCCUGUGGCAAUAUUUCCGAGCUCCCACAGAUGGCCUCGGCCUCUUCCCUUGGGCUCCCUCCCUCCUUGAUGCCCCUGCUGCCCGCUGCACCGCUGGCACCAACGGCUCUGCAUGGUUCAACGCCCGCUAUAACAUGUCCAUGGGGCCUCUGCUGACUGGCACAGCCCAUGAGCUCUCCUCCGAUGUGGUUCAGUGGUGGCUGACCCUGCAGCGUCCCCAGAGUGGCGUCCAACUCCAGGCCAUAAUUCAGAGGCUCUUUGCUGUCCUCCGGGCCCCGACUGGCGAUGUGUGGGACCGGUUUCGCUGCAGGACUUGUGCGGUGGUGGGGAACUCAGGGCGGCUGAAGGGGUCUGGCCACGGGCUGCGGAUCGAUGCCCAUGACUGGGUGCUAAGGAUGAACAGAGCAAAGAUUGCUGGCUUUGAGCUGGAUGUUGGCACAAGAACAACCCAUCACUUCAUGUACCCAGAGAGUGCAGUGAACCUCAGGCCCGGCGUCCACCUCAUCCUUGUCCCCUUCAAGCCACUGGACCUGCAGUGGGUGACCAGCGCCUUCUCCACUGGAGAGCUCACGCACACAUACAUGAGAGUGAAACAGUUCAUCAAAGCUGACAGAAACAAGGUGCUGAUCCUGAGCCCAGCUUUCCUCAAGUACAUCCACGACAACUGGACGCAGUGCCACGGGCGGUACCCCUCCACUGGCUUCACAGCCCUGCUCUUCGCCUUGCACGCCUGCCAGCAGGUCUCCGUGUUUGGCUUCGGAGCAAACAGUGAAGGGAACUGGCACCACUACUGGGAGAAAAACCGCUGGUCUGGAGCCUUUCGGAGGACGAGGGUCCACGACGCUGACGUUGAAUUCAGCAUCAUCGAGAGACUGGCAGCUGAAGGCAGGAUUUUAUUCUACAAAUGAUGUAUUUCCAAGAAGCUGAAGCCAGGCCAUUAGCACAGGAACUGGCAGCCCCCUGCACUGCCAGCAGCUGCCUCGGCUCUUUAGCUUGCUUCUCCCCCCAGCACUGCCACGUGCUCGGGCUCACAGACUCUGCAAUCCCCGUGGUCUCGGUGCUGCUUGUGCUGGUCCCGCCGGCUGGGCACUGUGGGUGCCAGGAGGUGACACACUCCCGUGGCACUAGGGACGUUGCAUUUGGCUGGACACAGGGUGGGCAUGGCUCUGCCCACGCUGGCUGGGAGAGAGGAAGGGGAGACAGUGGGGCUGGAGGUGGGCAUGGAGCCUGUGAGCUGCUGUGCGUGUCCCUGCAGUGGCCAUGAAGCCGGUGGGUAACAGUGGUGGUGGUGAUGGCAGCCGCUCAAACGUGGCUGUCCGCAUGACAGAGCUGACACUUCCACCCACUGAUGGCUUUUGGGGGAGGUUCGUAGUUGUUCUUUGGGCAGGGGGAGAGAGGCAUCUUCCCUUCCCGUCUUUUAUAACUAAGGAAAUAUUUUAAAAAUUGUAUCAAAGAAGAAUAAGAAAGGAAAAUAUCAAGCAUGCUAAGUCAGAAGAUGACAGAAUCAAGUACAGUUGAAAUGAUCUUACCUUUAAUAAACU